UCUCCCCUGUCAGACGUGUAGGUCACAGGCUGUGGACGCCCCAGUCGUCCUCUGUACCUUUAAGGGAACCACGUUAGCUUUUUUUCCCCCAGCAGAUUCUGCGUGAUGUGACCUACCAUCAAUUUUAUGGGAACUCUUACUCCCGGAGCGGAGCAGACGAGGACGUACUGAUGCCGGAGCGAGCAGCGUUUGCCGCCUCUGCAGUAUUAGAUUAGUUUGUGAGAGCGAGAGCUUUUUGAAUUUUUCUCUUACUUCACAUGCAAUUCAAAUUUGCUCUGCUGUAUAUCCCAGUCUUGUGUUAACAUUUUUUUUACAUCUUUCCUUUUAACUGGCUAUUUAAUUUCGAGAUGUGUAUUUUUGCAGUCCGUGCGUUUCUGGGAAUUCUGCUUUGUGCACCCUGCCUGUGCUCGGAGUGUCCUUUUGGCUGUGAGUGUUUUGCUGUCACUGGCACAGCAAAAUGUGUUUCUACGGAUUUGCUCACGGUGCCACAAAGUAUACCAGGAUAUGCAAGGACUGUCAUCAUCACAGGGAACAAUAUACAACAGAUUGCGCCUGAAUCAUUUACAGAGAUGGAAAAUGUCACCAACAUCAUUUUAAGCAAUAAUAGGAUUACAGAGAUGGAGUCCCACACUUUCUCUGCCCUCAUCAACCUGCGCUUCCUGGACCUCAGUGGGAACCAACUGGCGCUCAUCCACCCUGAGGCUCUCAGCAUACCUGGCAGUCCCCUGCAGGAGCUCAACCUGAGCCGCUCGCUGCACAACUCCACCGCCCUGACGGACCUCGCCACGGCUCUGCGCUGGGGUGGCCUCCGGGGGCUCCUCCGCCUUGACCUCUCCGGAAACCACCUCGUCCUUCUUCCCGCGGGCAUGUUCUCCCACCUUCCCAGUCUGCAGCAGCUCUUCCUCACAAACAACUCUCUGGUAGCUGUCUACAGUGGGACCUUCUCUGGCCUGAACCAUCUGGAGGUGCUGGACCUGACACAGAAUGCCCUCAGGACCUUUGGAGAUGAUUCUCUACAGGAGCUGGAGAAGCUUGGCAAUAUCCGCAUCCUUCUUGGUUACAACCCCUACACUUGCUCUUGUAAAAUCCAUCAUUUUGUCACUUGGCUGAAUGAAUCAAGAGCGGUGCUCGAUGUGGAUGCUGUGAGAUGCGCCUCACCAAGAGCGUUAAUCGACGCCCGGCUGCGGGGGCUCAGUGUCCAGGCUAUUGGCUGUGUAGUCCCAGUCCAAGCAGAGGCGCCCGACCUCACCCUCCAGACGUCCUACGUCUUCCUCGGGCUGGUGCUGGGUUUCGUGGGGAUGGUCUUUCUCUUCGUGCUCUACCUGAACCGCAAAGGCAUGAAGAAGUGGAUCUAUGAAAUGAGAGAUGCAUGUAGAGACGUUCUGGAGGGAUAUCACUACCGCUUUGAGCUUGACUCAGACCCCCGGCUGGGCCACAUCGCAGCCGACGACAGUAGCGGCAGGGCAGGAGGGCACUUAAGAUUAGCUCUGUCACAGCAGCUGCCGAACGACACCUGCAUCGUCCCGGUUCCCACAGACACACAGGUCAAACGGGUGAAAACCUCCCCCUCUGUGAAUUUAUGAUCUCCUAAUGAUACUAAAAUGAUUUGUCAUAAUAUAAGCUAGAUGUAGAUAUGAAUAGUUUAGGACAGUACGUUUAUGAAUUAAUUGUAUUCUUUUGAUCUGUCUGUGCACAUGUUGCAUUUAUAAACCUCACCCUAAAAGUGCCUUUGUGUUUUUGAGGCACUAAAACAUUGCUUGUGUAAAAGUGACAUAAAUUUUAUAUAAUAAAAAUUUAAUAUAAAACAUAGACUAGAUUGAAAGCACACUAGGAGACAUCUCAUUGAAGAUUGUCUGUGUUUUUGGGGUAUUAUUUCUUUAUAUAUCUUGACAUACUGCCGGAGGUUUCCGUUGGAUAAAGGACAUAGAUUGUUGCUCAGUAGCAUGGAACGUGUUUAUUGACCUCAGAAACUGUAAUCCAUAAAUACCCAGUCAAUUUAAGAAUAAGUCAUUAUUACAUUUUCUAUCAUUUAAUCUAGAAAUAUCAUUCCCUAUAUUUAAUUAGCUAUGCGUCUUUAGUUUUUAUAGUAUUUAGUCGAAGAAAAAAGUUAAAGUCAGUGUGUAUUUGAUAUGAAACCUGUAUUUACAAUCAUCAUGAAUAAAAUAACAUUGAUUAUUAAAUGUUGUUGUUUGCCAGUUUUCUUAUUGUGGCUGCAGCGAAACGACACGACACCACCACACUACACAGACUCACAUUAUUUUCCCAGGCGAGGUGGCCCUGCUAUUUCAAACCAGCGAGUGUGUGAUUAAGUGUUUCCAUAUAGAGGGAAAAAUAGGGCAGAAUGAAAGAUACGUGGAAAUACACCUGCUGGCUGUGCAGCUGUGCAUCUCUGUGCAUGCCUGUCACGUGUGUGUGUGUGUGUGUGUGUGUGUGUGUGUGUGUGUUUACAGCAUUGCGGAUAUUUGGAAUGCCACUAACAAAAUAAAGUUCAGUCUUUAUGUUGCAUUAUAUUAUAAUGUAUAAUAUUAUUAUAUUACAUUUUACUAUCUGGGUAUGCAAAGCUCAAACUUUUUUUCCCCACUUUAUUGAUCAAAUUUUGAG